UUUGUUUACUUCCGAUUGGACGAGCACGUGUGUUUUUAUGAAUCUAAAGAAAUUACGCAGAAAAUAAGCUAUGGAGAGAAAUCAAAAGAAUAAAAAUAAACACAGAAAUAAACAAAAUGAUGACUCUCUGAAUUAUUACAAAAGAAUUGAUGACAUUUUGAGAUCAAGUGGUGAUGAAGAUGGGAACCUAUUGAAUGAUGAGUUUCUUGACAAUGUCUUCUCGCAGUUGGAGGAAGAAGCUGUGGUGGUAUGUCAGAGUCCUGAAAUAAGUCCAAUUAUCGAAAAACUAUUGACAAAAGGAUCUGCUAGACAUGCACAGUCUCUCAUCGAUGUACUUUCUAAAGACUGGUCAAGUAUUUGUCGGCACAAAUGCUCCAGUCAUGUGCUUCAGAAAAUUUUGAUGGUUUUACCAAAGUUUAUAAAUCAAAAGGUGAUGAGUUUUGACUAUGAAAAUGAAGUUAAAGAUGACUCUGUUGAAGGGUCUUUAAUAAGAACGGUUUUAGAGUUGAUACGAUUUAUGACAGAAAAUAUCGAAGACAGUGUUAGUGAUGCUCAUAUAUCCCACAUAUUUAGAGCACUGUUGCAAGUGGUUGGUGGAACUUGUGUUGGUGAAAAGGUACUGAAAAGUCGGACAUCACGAAACUACGGAAAGAAUUUCAAAACUGAUGACGGAGAAGAUGUUGCUUUUGCCAAGGCAAUUACAUUUACAAAUUAUGAAGUGCCAACAGUGUUCCGUAAUCAUUUGAAAAAAUUCUAUAAAGAAAUCUUUGCCUUGGAGAAUUUUGGAGUAUAUUUAACAGACACCAAUGGCAGUCCUGUCAUACAAACAUUACUGCUUGUGCUGCAUAAAGUUGACCUUGACCUUUGUCAAAGAGUAAUUCAUAAGGUCAUCAAAGCAUCAAGAAUAGAAGAUACAGCAGAAAGUGUAAACAUACCUCCAGUAGCAAGUGACAGUGUUGGUUCAUUUCUGGUUGAGUUGAUCGUUUCCCUUAGUUCUGAGAAGAUGUACAAAGAACUCUUCAAAAAGCUCUUCAAAGGGAAGUUACUCCAGUUUGCUACACAUCCAUGUGCUAACUUUGUGCUACAGAAGCUUAUCAAAAACUGUCCAGAUACAGAUACGUUUUUGGCAGUACAAGAAGAAUUAAAUGAAUGUAUGCUGGAUGUUUUGACAGCACAGUAUAAUGGUGUACUAGUAGCAUUAGCAGCAACUUGUGAAACACUACAGUGUGGACAGGAACAGUUUCUCCAGAUGAUACUGAAAUGUUUUGACAGUGAGAAUAAAGACAGACAGGAGAAAUUAGUUCAACUUUUGGCUACUUUAACACCUUACGACAACUUCAUGCAAGCAAGUGAACCAGUCUUGAGGAAAGUGAAUUACCAUGGUUCCUUGUUACUACAGCAUAUGCUCAGAUUCUCUGAUACACAAUGUCUGACAAGCAGUCUUGAAAACCUGGAACCAGCAGAGUUGUUGACCUUGUCAUGUGACCCGUGUGGAAGUCAUGUGAUUGAUACAGCAUUUCAAAGUACUUCAGUAGAAGAGAAAACAAAGGAGGCAUUAUUGAAUAAGUUCAAGGAUCAUUUUAUUACCUUAGCCUGUGAUAAAAAUGGCAGCAGAACCUUAGAAUCUAUUUGGAAAAAUGUUUCGUUGAAGCAGAAAAUAUUGAUUGCAACAUGCCUGUGUAUACAAGAAGACAGGAUACGUUCAGACAGAAUUGGUUUCCAUAUACAUCGGAACUUUGCUCUGUUCCAUUUCAAGAAGAGGCGGAAGGAUUGGGUUUCGAUACAACAGAAUGAUCAAAGAAGACGAAAAAUGUUUCAAGAUGUUCUAGAUACAGAUGAACCAUCGAAAAAGAAGAAGAAGGGUAUGUUUAAGAAGCAGAAAACUUGAAGGAACUAGAAAUUCAUUUGUUAUACAACACAUUUUCUGUGAAAGCAGCAGGAUGUUGACAUUUAUACUACGAAGUUGACAUCUUGCCAGUAAAUGUACAUGUGUUUGUACAUUUGGAACUGAUUGAGCUGUUUGUUAUAUACCUGUAAUGCAUGAGUAUUACAUAUAAAUAAUGAGGCAGUGUAAUAGUAAUAACGAAAUUAUUUAAAUCAUUAAUUAAUUAAUGGAGCUAGUCUGGCGUCAACUUGUGACAGAGAAAGAAAUACUUCCAAUUAAAACUGCUUGAAGCAAGUCAAAUAAAAUAGUGCCAGUUAAAACUGCUUAUAGCCAGUUGAGGGUAAUGAAACAGCUCCAGUAAAAACUACUUGUAUCAUGUGGAGGAUAGAUGAAAUAGUUUAAUUAAAACUCUUGUGUGGAGAAAAGUAAAAUAGUUCCACUUAAACUGCGUGUAUUUAUUGGAGGACAUUGAAAUAGUUCCAGUUUAACUGCAGUAAACAGCCAUUAGUAACAUGUGUGAAAUGAUUAUUGUUUUAAUUAAGACAUUGAAUUUUUUCAAGGGAUUUUUAACAAGAAAUUCUUAAACCAAGUUUAAUGAAAUGAGAUUCUAAUGUUGAUGUGUGGUAACUGUUCUUUUAUUUCAGAAAUAUUAUAAAAGUGCUAUGUGUUCUAUUGCUGAGACAUUGCUUGUUUCUUAAUGAAUUGUUUAUGGACUAUUCUUUUAAUAUUUAUAUCCAAUUUUAUAUCACAAAAAGUGUUUGAAAAAUACAGUCAAACCUGUGUUAAAGACCACCUCUGAACAGAGACCGCCUGGCUCUAAAGACCACAUGUUUUGUUUCCCAUUUUAACAUUUACAGUGUUAAUUAACCAGUGAAUAAAGACCACCUCCCAGUGAAGACCACAUUUUGGCUCUAUUUAUAGACAGGUUUGACUGUAAUAAUAUUUUAAUGAUUUAACAGUAUUUAGUCCAUCUGAUUUGAAAAAAUGAGUCUACCAUGUCCUUGAGUUGUGGAUAACAAAUCCCAAGGAAGGUCGAGAUUUUGUCCAUUUAUUUAUUUAUUUGGGUUUUACGGCGCACCAACACAGUAUAGGUUAUAUGGCGCCAAACAGGACUACAAAUUUUGGUUUCACAUCUCAUUUACAGAAAAGAUGUUCUACCAAAGAUUUUGAAUUAUCUGAAACCAAGAAUGGGAUUUCCUUAUUUCCAUACUUUAAUGGCAGGGUUGAUUAACCUUUAUCAUACUGGACACAAUUGAUUCUGCCUUUGUGAUAAAUGUAGAUGAUGAUCAGCCUGCACAUCCAUGCAGUCUAAUCAUGAACUGCACUGUUUGCCAUUCAGUCAGUAUCUUUUUGAUAAGCAUCCCUUUUAACAGUUAAUGAUACUGUCCAAAUUGAAAUAUGGACAGGUUCAUUAUAGGAAUUUCGCUGGGUAAGGGUUAAUUUUCUCAACAUUUUUAUCAAUUAAUUUCAACUUAUUGGAAACCUAUCACCAGACCAUUACUGUAACAGUGAAUUGUCAAGUAACGAUAAUUUCGCUAGAACUGGCAUAAACUGUCUCUUCUUAUGAUCGUUGGUUGGCUGUCAUCCAUCAGUGGUUCACAGUUCCAUUGGUAAAUAUACUUUAAUCAGUUUCAACCGAACUUCACUGGAAUAUUCCUUUGCUAAUUCCCUUUCAGACGCCUUCAAGUCUAGAUCAUUCAUGCAGAUAUAUUACAAUGGCACCUAAAAGAUUUUUAAAAGGUUAAACGUCUUAGAAAUGACAUACCUGAUUUCAAAAUAUUUUCACAGUUUCAAUGAAAUAUCUCUUUGGUGACUGUACCAGAUUUCUUUAAGCCAUGUGGAAUAGUUAAACUGGUGACAGCUAGUUUUCUUAAUAAGUUGUGUAUGACGUCUUCACCUGAAAACACUGACCUGAUUUCAUAAAAAUUUCUCUAGUAUAAGCAUUCAGCAUUUCAAAAUGAUGUGUCAUAUAAAAGAACACUGUUUAAAGAUCUACCGGUAGGUCAUAUUUUAAAAUAAAAUAGUAAAGUAAUUCUUUUUCUUUUCAGUCCCUCCUUCGUUAUAACAAGGCAAUAAGUCCUUUUGCAGAACUUUGAUCCCAAGAUCAAAGGAUUAUUACAAGUUCAGUCCAAAUGUUCUAUUAUUAGAGUGCCAUUACUAAGGACACCAACUGCUGUGUUCUAACAUCAUAUACAGGGCUUGACAAAUCCACUUGUCUGCUUGUAAAUCCAGGUAGAAAUUAGCUCUGGGAGAUUGGAACUUGCUGAAGUACCAGUCCUUCAGGGGUAUUGUAAAUCCAGUUACAACAGAACUGCGAGGAAGCCAGAUACAGUGAAACACCGCCCGCUUGAGCAUCGAUGACUCGAGCACACGGGCUUGCUCGAGCAAUUCAUGUAGUCCCGGCCGAUUUCCUUCUAUUUUCUAUGCGAAAUUACCAUGGCUGGGUCGAGCAUCGAUAACUCGAUCGCACGAGCAUGACACCUGGUCCCUGUGUAUUAAUUUACUCUUUGUUGCUUAUGGCAAACUCGAGCAGAAGUGUCAAAAUCUUUUACACCUUCGGCGGUCAGAAUGUAUCGGUUAAUUUAAAAUUUUCACACACGGUGGGAAUUGCGUAGUCUAUUCCCAGACUAUCUUAAAUGUUUGUUUGUCGGUAUAUUUGAUUUUAUAAUGAGAUUAAUUAUUGAUAAACGGUUAAAGAAAAGUUUUAUUGAUCAAAUAUCGAUCAAUUAGUGAUUACUCAAAACAUCUGAGAAGACAGUUAUGAGAUUUUAGUAUUUUAAUCAGCAGUUGUUUGCAUGCGAAUGAAGGAAGUAAUAUAGCCUUUUCAUUAAAUUGAGACGAUAAUUAUGAUAUGCACUUGUUGAUGAACAUAAAUAAAAAUAAUCUUAGUUGUUUCUUCACAUGUGCCAUUUAUGUUUGGGUCGCUCGAAACCAUGGAUAACUCGAGCAUUUUGCUCAUCCCAUUGCGACCUCGAGCGAGCGGUGUUUUACUGUAGCUAAAACAUCUAAAAGAGAAGUUCAAGUUGGAGAGGACAACUGAAAAUUCUAGGCAGAUUGUCCUGCAGGACAAAGUCCUUUCAAAGAUUUUGCCAAGCCCUGAUUUGGCUGGGACAUCCCUGCCCUAUUGUUAAUUUGUUUGUCUGUAUGGGAAGAAAUAUAUAUAAAUGGAUUUAGAUCAAGCUUGCAAGAAUAUACAAAAAUGAGCUAAUAAAGUAUAUCAGAAGCAAUU